AUGAAUUCUUUCAUCCUGCUGUCGCUUUUCGCUACGAUUAUCGCCGGAAAGUCACCUCGGCUGAAAUUUGUUGUGCACGAGCCCUCCAGGUUCCACUUCAGCAAACCUGAGAACUACAUCAGCAUGUACCACCAGGAGGGGAGCGACACCAUCUACGUGGGCGGCCGGGCGAUGAUCUACGUUUUGACGUUCACUGACAGAGAUGUCCGGGACUAUCAGAUCCCAGUGGCGUCCGAUCAGACUGCAAUUGAUACCUGCAAGGCAAAGGCCGCCCCGCUCGAGCUGGAGUGUGAUAAUUUCAUCACCGUCAUUCAGAAAGUAAACGACACGUUCAUCGUAUGCGGGACGAACGCCGGCAGCCCCAGGUGCUGGAUGCUGGUAAACGACACGGUGAUGACCGACGUCCAGGGCGCUGGGCAGAUCGCCUCGGCCUCCGACAUCUCACCACCCUACCCCUCCCAGAAGUCCAUCACCUUGCCCGCAGAUGGGAGCCUGUACUCUGCUAUGUCGUCGGUGGGAGGCUCCGCCGGCUCGAUCCGGCGAACGUUUGGCCCCCAGAAACUCCUGAAGACCGAGAACGUUUGGCUGCUGAAUCCGCAGUUUGCUGGUGCGGCCAUUAUCCCGUCUGCAGAGAAGUUCAAAGAGGAGAUCUACUUCUUCUUCAGUGAGUUCAACAAGUCGGCCAGAGUGGACGAGGAGCCGUACCGGGCCCGCAUUGGCCGAAUCUGCACGGUGGACGAAGGGGGCAUCAGAGCCCUGCUGGCGGACUCCUGGACCACCUUCAUGAAGGCGCGGGUGAUGUGCGGCGCAGGAAACACCCAGCAGCAGUACAACAACAUGAAGCAGGCAGUGGUGCUGACCGCUCAGGACAAGAGGGCCGGGGUCCUGUACGGCCUCUUCUCUAACGCAUGGGGCAGAACGGUGGUCUGUGCCUACUCCAUCGAAGAUAUUGACCAGGCCUUCUCCACGUCUAAACUGAAAGGCUACAGCAGUCCAUUCAUGGGCAGUCGCCCUGGGAUGUGCGUCCGCAAAAACCCGGCGACGGCGGAAGGUCAGAACAACAUCAAAAACUUGGGGGUGAUCAGAUACCAUCCAGAAAUUGAAGACGUGAUCCGGCCCGUCGGCGUGGCUCCGCUCGACCUCCCCACGGACGAUCAGAUCACGCACACGGUGGCCGACAUCGUCAUGGCCGUCAACGACGAGCACUACAGCGUCCUGUACCUCGGAACAGAACAAGGCAAAGUUCUCAAAGUUCUUCACACAAGCGAGGAGGUCUUCAUCAUAUCUCAGUACUCUCUGUUCCACAACGAGGGCCCCGUUCUAAACAUGGCCAUCGACUCCCAAAAGGGACAUCUGUACGUCGGUACAGCGAUGGAGGUCCAGCGACUGCCGCUGGCGGACUGCCGUCGCUAUGGCGACACGUGCAGGGAGUGCAUCCUUUCUCGGGAUCCGUACUGCGGCUGGGACAAGGCCAGGAGGAAGUGCAUCACCAUCCCGCCUGGAUACAACGUCACGUCUGGGGCACUCAUUCAGAAUCUGGACCAUUCGAACUCCUCGGUUUGCGGGGAAGCUGCUGCUCUGAAGCUGCGCCGAACUUCCCCCAGAGAAGUGGUGGUGCCGUUCAACACCUCCAUCUUCCUCCCAUGCCCUGUGCGCUCCUUCCACGCCACCUACCGCUGGGAGAAGGACAACUGCUUCAAGAACUACCCCUGCCUCUUCUCUGGAGACUUCUGUGUCCUGGGGCCAGUUGUGGACACGCCCCUGAAGGAAGGUGUCUUCCGCUGCAUGGCCACCGAAGACGGAUUCAAGGUGGAGGUUAUCUCCUUCAGGCUGGUGAACGACGGCAGGCCCCUGGCCGCCUCCCUUGCCUCCACCUUGGGGCUCUCGCUCCUGCUCGCUGUGGCUACGCUGUGGCUUCAUUAA